AAGAGCUUCAAGGAAGAGUCUCUGCAGGCUGAUUUGACUUGAAACUAACUGGCGAUCUUGCGAGUAAAGAUGAAUCCUGAAGACUGUUCCAUAACAGAGACUAGCUCUUUGCAUCAGGAGAAAAGGAAAAAAACCAUGGUGUGCACACUCCAGGAAAUAGUCUCUCUCUGGAAAAUUCAGUUGUCCAUGUAAGUAAUCACAUUCUUGGUUAUCUUCCCUCGUACCUUUGUCUGCUUUCUGUCACCUCAUCCUGUAUUGUCAGAACAGCAUUCUCUAGGUGGUGGAAGUAUGCAGGAUUUCAGACUUUGGAACAGCCAUGAUAAAACCACUUAAAAAUUUACAUCAUCCAGUGGUACUUUAUGGGGAGACUAUAAAAAAAUGGAGUUCUCAAAAAUGUAGUCUUCUAUUUUAAUUUUCAUGGAAAUCUCUUUUCUUCAUUUCUUUCUUCUACCUGACUCUUCUAAUCACUGGCUUCAAAUUCUAUGUAACUUUAUUUUUCCUGCUUUCUUUUAUUUUUCAUCAAAGUGUGAUCAUCUUAUGAAUUUCCUCUUUUCUAUUUCUUGUGUCUAUGUAUCGAGUCUAUGUUCUGUAACCUAAUUUUUUCAUUGAUUUGCUUCUGUAAGAUUUCUUGAUGUUUUUAUUCCUCUCCCUCUACUGAAUGAAUGAAUCUUCCAAGGCACUAGCACUCAGGAAUUAAGGUUUAUUGUAAGUGAGAACUACCCAGUUAAUGAAGGGGUUCAUUAGAAACAGCAGAAUCAAAACAGUAUCUGGAAAAAGAAACUUUUUGAGCAUACAUCUAUUAUAUCAGUUUGCUGUGGGAAAGUAUCAAUUACCGUUGACGAACCCAACUUUUUUAAGAACAUAAAGUCAAUAAAAUCUACUUAGUAGACCAUAAAUACAAGUCACAUAAAUUUCUAGGCAGCUGAGUGAACCACAACUUUAUGGCCCCACUGAGCUGCUAAGGAAAAGAAAUGAUAAAAUCGUUGAAUUAUAGAAACCAUAGUUGAGAGGACAUGAUGUAGAAAUUCUUAAUUUUACCUAGGAUCAUCCCUAUUUUCUGUUGACUGUUUAUUCUUCACCUGUAGCUGUUUUGGUAGUAUGCGCAAUCAUUCAGUGGCAUUCUUGGGUGAUUCAAUAGGUAACAAAUAGGUAGAUCUACGUUCAGUUUCUCCAUUAAAGGAAAGGACCUAUCAUCAGAGCAGAAGUGUGCUGUUGGGGAAAUGUUUUGUCACCUAGGUGACAAGGCAAACUGUGGUUAAGAGUAGCCCUCAAUAAUGUAAAUAAAAUGUCACCUGAGAGUCACCUCUAUAGCCUACAUCCUGGGUGGACCCACGGGUGGAGCUAGCCUGGAGAUGUGCUAGUUACUUGGAUGUCUGAGUGCUUUCUGAGGAGGCAGAGUACUGCAGCCUUGGGUCCAAGCAGCAUGAUUGACUCACAUGCGGAAAAUGAAACUAGAGCGAUCUCUGAACUUGGUAUCUGACCUAUCAAAGACUGCUCCUUAUGAAAAUAGUGUACGGAUAAAAAAAAAAAAAAGAAGAAUUGCUUUGAGAAGCAGAGAACUAAGACUAGAUAGGAGUAAACUACAGACUUCUCUUGCAAAAUCUGGAAGCAGCUAUGUGCAGGAGAAAAGAAUCUUUAGAAGAAGCAAAAUUUGAUAUUGAUAGUGUCUACAGAAUACUGUAAAGAAAGCAACAUCUGCUUGUGAAAUAUGUGGAAAAAACACAUACAUGUCAAGCUAUAUCUUAUGUAAAUACCUUUUUAGUUUUGAAAUCAUCCAUAUUUUUAAAAAACGGUAUUUUCGUUUUCAGAGAUUUUUUUCUUUGUCAAAGUGUCAAUCAACCCGUUUCACAUUUCAGUUUUACAGACCAUAAUUAGUAAUAAUAAUAGGGAAUUUGAGAACAUACCAGCGUAUGGUUGGGGGGAUCUUUUUCUUAAAAAAUCUUGAUAUUUCAUCUUUCAAUAGCAAGUUUCAAAGUCUGAACCACAAAAUUAUUUUCCCUUUUUACUCACAAUUUCCUUUUAUUCAUUUGCCAGUAGAUGUUCUACCCUUCUAAAUCCUUCCAUACACAUAUUUCUUGUAAGUUAAAGAAAAUUUAAACAUUUUUUUAUCAUUAUAUAAAAGAGUAAAUGAAAAAUUAACUUCCACUCAAUAUCUGUUCCAUAAUAGAGCAGUUUUCUCCAUUACUGUGACAACACUUAGAAAAUUUAAAUGCUUCAUAUUUGUAUGUGCUUUUUAAUUACAAUAUAAUUUAUGCAUAUGGAUGUACAAAUGAUACGUUAUGAUAAUUAUGUAUCCACUUGAAUCGUUCCUUCAUCCUAGAAGGCUCCACAGUGUCUAAUUCCUCUUAAAUAACCUUUCCCAUACUCAUUAAUACAACUACUGUUCUCCUUGUCCACAUAUCCGUUCCUCUGGCUGCACUCAAAUGUCAUAUUUCACGUUUAUAUGACCUUCAAGAGGAGAUGGGAAAAUAUCUUUUUAAAAAUUUUAAAUGACUCAAAGUAUUUUCAAAAGCCUAACCUUAACAGUCUACCUGAAUUCAUCACCAGCUGUCACCUUUUCAGAUAAUGCCACUAGCUUCCGUUUUGAAACGCAACAUGAAGGAUCUCUCCAAGUUCCUAUCCCGUGUGCUGUUCUGAUUGUGGUCUUCAUUACCAUUUUAUUCAUUACUGUCAUCGCCCUAUUUGUGGGAAAAUACAACUGCCCAGGCCAAUAUGAGGUCUCCAUGUUGUCAGACAGCGAUGUGCCUUCGUGCUCCAAUGAGUGGAUUCUAUACCACAGGAAAUGCUACUUCUUUUCUACCACAACAAGGAACUGGACCUCAGCUAGAGACUCUUGCUCUGAAGAUGGUGCUACUCUUGCUGUCAUUGAUUCUGAAAAGGACAUGAUCUUUCUACAGCGGUAUGCGGGUAGAGCUGAACACUGGAUUGGGCUGAAAAAUGAAACUCGUCAGACUUGGAAAUGGUCAAAUGGCGAAGUAUUUAACCGCUGGUUCAACCUCACAAGAUAUGAGAACUGUGCGUUUCUGAACAGCACAGAGGUCAGCAGCACAGAAUGUGAGCAGAGUUUGCACUGGAUCUGCAGCAAACCCUCCAGAUGAUGAGGAAACACAUGUCCCUGGCCUUACUAUACCACUGAACUAAAGGAAAGUUGUGUCAAUGGAUGCUGCUCCAGGGUCAGAAAUUUCUAUCAAGACUUGAUGGACAAGUUUUGUGUUAUUUUGGAAAUUAUCUUCCAUACAGAACUGUGGGACAAAGAAAUUUCAGGAAAAUCUGCUUUGUGAUUUCUUUCUGCCAUGUGCUGAAAAUAUCACAAGUUGAUGGGUAAUCAUGUCCAAGAAUGACUAUAAAGUCUUUUAGAUGCACUUUAUAUUUUUAAAAGUACAUAAAUAAUAAAAUAACUUGUUUUAAAGUUAUUAUUUAUUGUCCAAUAACUACCAACAGUGAGUGCAUCUCAUGCAUUUGCACUAUGUGAACAAGUUAAACAGUGAUAGUAAAUAUUGAAUAUAAGUAAAUGGAUCUUUGACUAGUAACACAGAUGUCGAUUUUAAGGGAAUUCUUAAAUUUUAGAAAGAAUUCACAAAUGAAUAUAUGCUCGUGGAACUAGGUUUUGUAGCAUUUUCCUGUAUUUGCAGAAAUUUGCCAUGUUACUUUGUCAUUUUUCUUCCCAAAGAGUAGUGUCAACCUUUUACUUUUUAACUUCCUUAAUUGCAGGCAGGUCUUUUUCAAUAGUGCAUAUUUCCUUGUCUUUAAUAUCUUCCACUAGCAUUUUUGAAAGAAGAGACGAAAGCAAAGACUAUGAAGAAUAUUUGUAAAGCAGAUAAAAAGUUUUAGAAAAUGUGCAAUAUGUAGGGUGAGAAACCUGUAUCAGGAAAUAUUCUGUAUUGUUCAAUCCUGGAAUAGUAUCAGUCAUGUCUGACAAGUUUGUGUUUGUCCUAAUCAGCUUUGUCAUGUGCAAUACUAAUGUGAAAUAUUUUCUAUGUGCAAUAAAGUAUCUUUGUUCAUUUGUU